GCGCGGGCGUGCGACUUGCGACCUCCGACGCCCGCGCGCGCGUGGCCUCGAGGAAGCCUACAGGGUCUAUAGCGCCUGCGCAUUGUCGCGCCAACCUGGGCCGCGCCCACGCGGGGCCAUGAAACUGCUGCGGCGCGCAGGGCGGCGGCGGGCGGCGCUGGGGUUGGGCGCGCUGGCGCUGGGCGGCGCAGCGCUGCUCUACCUAGCGCGCUGUGCGCCCGCGGGCCCCACGCCCGAGCCCGCGGGCCGCGCAGCGGCCUUUCUGGCGGUGCUGGUGGCCAGCGCGCCCCGCGCCGCCGAGCGCCGCAGCGUGGUCCGCAGCACGUGGAUGGCGCGGCGCGGGGCUCCAGGCGACGUGUGGGCACGCUUCGCCGUAGGCACGGCUGGCCUGGGUGCCGACGAGCGACGCGCUCUGGAGCGCGAGCAGGCGCGACACGGGGACCUGCUUCUGCUACCCGCGCUGCGCGACUCCUACGAGAACCUCACAGCCAAGGUGUUGGCCAUGCUGGCCUGGCUGGACGAACACGUGGCCUUCGAAUUCGUGCUCAAGGCGGACGACGACUCGUUUGCACGGCUGGAUGCCCUGCUGGCUGAGCUGCGAGCCCGCGAGCCCGCGCGCCGCCGCCGCCUCUACUGGGGCUUUUUCUCGGGCCGUGGCCGUGUCAAACCCGGGGGCCGCUGGCGCGAGGCUGGCUGGCAGCUCUGCGACUACUACCUGCCCUAUGCGCUGGGCGGUGGUUACGUGCUCUCCGCCGACCUGGUGCGAUAUCUUCACCUCAGCCGCGACUACUUGCGCGCCUGGCACAGCGAGGACGUGUCGCUGGGUGCCUGGCUGGCGCCCGUGGACGUACAGCGGGAGCACGACCCGCGCUUCGACACCGAAUACAGGUCCCGCGGCUGCAGCAACCAGUACCUGGUGACGCACAAGCAGAGCCUGGAGGACAUGCUGGAGAAGCACCAGACGCUGGCGCGCGAGGGCCGCCUGUGCCGGCGCGAGGUGCAGCUGCGCCUGUCCUACGUUUACGACUGGUCGGCGCCACCCUCACAGUGCUGCCAGCGCAAGGAGGGCAUCCCCUGAGCCCGCGUCUCCGGAGCUUGCAGGGACUUGGCCUGUCCAGCCGGUGGGGCCACGGGGCAGGUGCCAAACCGCCUCACAACAAGCCUAGGCCACAGCCACCAGCUGUGCGCCCCAGCGCCGCACACAUGCGGUCUCUUUCCAGACUCUGUUCUGGAGUCCAGAGUAUCUUGUUUUGGACUCUGGGCGCUGCUGAGGGUCUCCAGCGAAGGGCGUCAUGUCUAGGUAGAAUAUGCCCUGUUAGUGAGUCUUGGCCAGCAGGAGCCUUGCCUGACGUGUUCUUCAAGUGUAAGGUCAGAACAGAGCAACCUCGUCACUCGCCCGGUGCCCUGAGACUUGUUCUGGAGUUCACUGCCCACCCAGGGAACAGUCCACAGGGAAAAUGGCCCGCAGUCAGCCGCAGGCUGAUCUGCAGACCCUCUCUGUUGCAGCUUCCCUACAAGCCCUCAUCAAACAGCGUUGCCGUUGUUUUACUGGGGUAGCUUAUGUCCUUUCGUGUCUGACAUCGGUAUCAUUCCUCAUGUGUAAGUCUGAGGUUAACUUGGUUUCACAUAAAUUAGUUUUCUUGAUAUUUUUGUCUGUCUCCCGAGAAUGCAUUUAUGGUAAAUAUUUGGCAAGUAUAAUUCAUGUGCUUGUGAUGUAAUUGUAAAUUUUUUUGUUUGUUUUUGAGACAGAAUCUCAAGCUGUCACCCUGGGUAGAGUGACGUAGUGUCAUAGUUCACGGCAACCUCCACCUCUUGGGCUCAAGUGAUCCUCUUGCCUCA